AUGGUCAAGAUGGACAAAGCUGACACAAGAAUGAAGAAUCGACCGUAUCGAUCGUUAGUGGGGUCGUUGUUGUAUGUGGCAACAGGCACACGACCAGAUAUUGCGUAUACAGUAUGUCAGCUGAGUCGUCAUUUGGAAUUUCCACAUGAAGAGCACUGGAAUGCAGCGAUUCGAGUGUUGCGAUAUCUGAAGACGACGCAGAGCAAAGGAAUUUGUUAUGAAGGAGUUUCAGGCAAUCUUCAGCUGAGCGCGUACACCGAUGCAGACUGGGCAAGUAACAAGUGGAAUCGCAGAUCGAUUUCGGGAGUUUUUAUCAUGAUUAAUGGCGCACCUGUGAUUUUCAAGUCGAAGAUGCAGCAGAGCGUGGCACUGAGCACGGCAGAAGCAGAGUAUAUGGCUCUUUCUUUAUGUGUGCAGGAGGUUCUGUGGACAAGAAGUCUACUCAAGGAGAUGCAAGUGCAGAUUAACUAUGCUGUCAAGAUUCACGAAGACAACCAGAGUGCAAUCGCUAUCGCUAAGAACGACGGCUAUCAAAGUCGAGCGAAACAUAUCGACAUCAGAUACCAUUUUGUGCGCGAACAGGUGAAAGACAAGAUUAUCGACCUGCAGUAUACUGAAACCAAGUCACAGCUGGCAGAUUUUCUGACCAAACCGAUUUCGACAAAGAAGUUCGAGUCGCUGCUGGACAAGGCCAGGAUCAGAGACUUCUAG